UCAACUCAUGGUUAUGCUCCAAAUGGAGGUACGGGCUCGAAUCAAGUGAUCGUAUGGAAAUACGACAAUAUGCAACGAAUAGCAACCUUGACGGGACAUUCUUAUCGCGUACUAUACCUUUCAAUGAGCCCUGACGGUAAAACUAUCGUUACCGGCGCAGGAGAUGAAACCCUUCGAUUCUGGGACGUAUUCCAAAGCAAUCAAAGCAGCCGCCGCUCAAGCAGGCCAGGCAUUGCAAGGAAUAGUGUACGAUAAAUUCACAUGAUAUGCUAAUAUCAUGGCUGCUUCAUGUGUCUUCCCGUUAUCAUUCUGCAUGGAACCUCUGUUUUUCCGUCUUUAGCUUUUGUCAUUAGCACUUUGUUGUUUCUCAUUCCCUUCAAAUCCCACUCAUUCAACCAUCCAUUCAUUUUUCUUCUUACUUUACAUUCUUGUAAAUUUACAUAUUUUUUUUUCCUUGGUCUUAUGGUGCCUGUCAGUUUCCUUUCACGUAACCAUUGGAUAUAAUACCUUUGUACAGUACAGCGGUUGCUCGCAAUUGCUCCUUUUUCUUUGUUUUCCCUCCAAAUUUUUUUUUUCCAUUGUGUGAGUUUCACUUCCCUUUUCAGCUUGUUCACUUACCAAUAUCAAACAACAUUUUCUUGUAUAAAGGGCCGCCUGCCGGGCUGGUGUGCAGUGGACAUUACUUCACAUGCCGUAACGGGCAGCGGCUCACGUCACUGUUGGAUGGCACUCAUAAAUUCCAUCACAAGGGUAAGCCUCU